AUGCAAUUCACAUCCUCAACCACCAAGUUGUCCCUCCUCGGAGCCCUGGUUUCGGUAUCCGCCGUCCUGGCCGCUCCAGCCGGAGGAGCUAUUGAAUAUUACCCGGAUGGUGCACCGACAGGGUCGCCAUACGGCCGGACGUACCACGACGGGCCAAUCUACAAUGCGGCCCCAGCCGCGGCGUCACAGGGCGACCUGUUGGGCGGCCUUCUGAGAAACGGAUUGACAGGAGGUAGUGACGGAUUGUUGGGAGGCAGCAACGGAUUGAUAGGAGGAAGCAAUGGAUUGAUAGGAGGAAGCAACGGACUGAUUGGAGGAAGCAACGGGUUGACCAACAAUGGCCUUCUCGGACUCGGGCUCGGCGACCAGCCCGGCUCCCCGCUCGCCGCUAACCUUCGCCUACUCGAUGGCGGAUAUGGUACGGCUGCUUCUGGUGAAACGCUAGGUACUCACCUCGGCGGCGGACUGGAUGGCCCCUUAGGACAGCUCCUCUAA